AAGGCGUAAAACACGAUCAAAAUGUGAGCAUGUUAUGGUGGGUCAAUAGUAUGCAUUAGAUACCUCUAGCUGUGACUAUCCAAGGGAUGAAAGUUUAUGAAUUAUAACAAAUUUACCAUAUCAUACACAAGCACCAAAGGCAUGACAAAAACAAUACGGGCUUCAAUGAAACUACCGCUAUAAAACAAGUAUGUAUUUCACUCCAUCUAGUAUUUACUUGCAUGUUGCAUUACUUAGCAGCCUACUGAUAUAAAAAUUUCAGCAAUAUUGAGAAAUCAUGAAAACCAUUAGUCGCCUGGAAAGUGUUUGGAUAUUCCUAGUUAGGUUCUGUUUUGUAUGUAUGAUGUCAAGAGCAAGUUCCUAUAGCUCGGAGUCCAUGAUAAGGAGGUAUGAUAAUUGGCUGGAACAACAGGGUAAAAAUUAUACGAGUACAGAUGAAUGGGAAAUGCGGUUUGGGAUUUACCAAUCCAAUGUCCAGUUCGUGGACUACAUGAAUUCACAGAAUCUGCCUUUCAGACUUACUGACAACAAAUUUGCAGAUUUGACAAAUGAAGAGUUCAAUUCUAUCUACUUGGGAUAUAGAAGUCCUGGUAGAUUGACUCAGAGACGGAACUUCACUCUUGAAGGUUCUAUCCCAGCUUCCAUGGAUUGGAGAAGGAAAGGGGCUGUUACUCCGAUCAAAGAUCAAGGCAAAUGUGGAAGUUGUUGGGCAUUCUCUGCAGUGGCAGCUAUGGAAGGCAUCACCCAGAUCAGAACAAAGAAAUUGAUAUCCCUGUCAGAGCAGGAGAUAGUGGACUGUGAUGUCGGAGGAGGCAACAACGGUUGUAAUGGCGGAUUCAUGACAAAGGCUUUUAAAUAUAUCCACAAAAAUGGUGGUCUCACCACAGAAAGCGAUUAUCCCUAUUUAGGAAGAAAUGGUGUUUGCAACAAAUCAAAACUUGAACACCAUGCAGCUAGUAUAACUGGCUAUAAACUAGUAAGCGCUAAUGAUGAAACAGAAUUACAGCUUAUAGUUGCAAACCAGCCCGUAUCAGUAGCUGUCGAUGCAUCAGGAUAUAGUUUUCAGCUCUAUUCAGAAGGAGUCCUCUUUUCAUCUUACUGUGGGAAGACUCUCAACCACGGAGUUACUGUCAUUGGCUAUGGAAAAGAUAAGGGAAGGAAAUACUGGCUAGUAAAAAAUUCAUGGGGCACAGACUGGGGUGAAGAUGGUUAUAUAAGAAUUGAACGUGGAAUCAGGGAUCCGAGUGGUACCUGUGGCAUUGCCAUGGAAGCGAGCUUCCCUACACUAGAUAGAUGCCUUUAUAAUUGCUGAUUUCUGAUGGGGCCUGGCUGGUUGCUACCUUAUCAGAGAUUCAACAACCGCAUUGUUGCAGUACUGGUUCUGGUUAUUGUAGGUUUAAGUGUACUUUAUUUCCGAAAAAUGAAAAAAAAAAUAAUAAUGAGGUUA